UUGUGCUGCAGAGAGAAACUCUUAUUUGAAAUGCAUUUAAAACAAAAAGGACACGUAUUGAGCGUCCUUCUCAUUUACACCAUCACAACAAUAACUCUAGCCGUUCAUUCAUCCUCAAGCUCUGCUCUUCACAGUGACAGGAAAAGCGUCUUACCGAUUAAAGGCCUCAGAGAGAGGCUAAACCUCAACUCAGAGCUGGAAAGAAAGACGAGAAAUCUCCUUCUGCUGAACUUUGUAAACCGACACGGGAGUGAAUACAAACUGCAAACAAACAUGGCGCCUGCUUUGAUUCGACUCAGUGAACGCAACAAACCGAAGCGAAGCGACCCUCCCAAUAAAGAGUGUAACAAAGGGAGAAUCGAGCAUUUCACCCCGGGAAAGUUUUACAUUCCUGGACAACUUGAAACAAACCCAGUGGGUUACCAGGCAGAUUCUGCUUCAGUGCAGACUGAGGGCAGAGUGGAGGUCAGAGGUCAGCGGCUCAGCGCUUCAAAGGAGACCUGGCAGAAGCUGAAGCCGGUGGUGGAUUGUGGAGACGACGCCAUGACCCUCACCGUGAGGAGGAGACGAGCCGUACAACUGCAGCUGAGCCGGGUGAACGAGUCCUCGGUGCCUCUGUCCCAGCCCCCUCCUCAGUGCGGAUACUCUGUGCAGAACACCUGGAGAGACCUCAGCCUGAUGGCUCGCUACGACGCCUGCCACGUCAAGCAGGAGGAGGACAGGUUUGUGUUGCCUCUGCUGUGGGGGGGGACUCCAGUGGAGAUGUCCUGCCCGGCCCCUCAGACCCAGACCCAGGCUUGGGCCCUGGGACUCGCCUCCCUCUGCUGCUCAAUGCAUGGGUUGGCCGUCACAGUGCAGGGGCUCCAUGCUGCGAAGGACCUGAGGGUGAAUGUCAGAGGAGAAUGGACCCCCCUGUUGGAGUUAGUGGAGCGGUGUGGAUACACGGUCGAGAGAAGAGACGCGGAGACUAUAAUUGCUGCUCCAUUUAUCACCUGUGGCACCACAGAAAAGACAACGUUCAAGAUGAAGCGCCUUCCCUGCAGCCCCCGAGCCACACCUUCAAUCCAUACUAUCACUACUACCACCACCCUAAAAUCCCUCUCUCUGGACCACCUCAAGACCCCGUUCCUGGGCCUGAGGAGCCCGGAGAACGGCCUUUAA